AUGGAUUGGCUCAGCCUGCGCGCGCCUUUGGAGGCGUGGCUCAAAUCUGCUGGAGCUGCUAAGUUCAGCGACGAGGACCUGCGCGUGCUAUGGCAGGGUGGAUAUAAUAUGCUAGACGACCUGAAGGUCGCGACCCGGGCGAGUCUCGAGCGAGCCGGGCUGAGACCGGCGCGAGUGGAUCAAAUCCUCAACACUCAAGGUGCUGAUGCUGGCACCAGCAACACUGCUGCAGCUGCGGCUACGGCUGGCCCAGGCAUUGUUGCUGAUGACCCCUACAAGAUGACCGCUCAUGGAGCCAUGAUGCGGAUGCUGCCACCUAUUAAUCUACGAAGCAGCCCAUGCUGCUCCUUUAGCAAAACAUGCGGCACACGGUCGUGUACCUUUUCGGCAGUGAAACCGUGGGAUAGCUUUCUGGAUGAGUUGAAGAUGCUGGAAGGGCAGCUGGAUGACAAUGAGCAAAGAUUUAUACCUGUGUUGCUGGCGGGUGAUCAGCCAACAGACCAGGGCUUCCAGGCAGCUGCAGAUGAGGCCGAGGUGCGUGCACCGAUGCAGGCCAUGGCUCAGUUGGUCAACUCGGUGGCAGCAUCCAUGCACAUCCAAGGGAGGCUCAAGGGUGGAGGCAGCGGUCGCGGCAUUUCAUCAACAGACUACAUCAUCCAGCUGAGGCAUGGAGACAUAGGGCAGCAGAAGCAACAGCAGUACAACAGUCCCUCUUGGGAUGUUUAUGGAUGCAUUGAGGUUAAAGGUGACUGGCAGUUUCCCUUGGAGGCUCAUUAUGAUGUGUCAUGCAUGCCGCUUGGGGAAAUCAACCGCCUGGGCCUGGGCCAAGCGCUGCAGCAGUGCUAUGGUGACAUGGUGAUGGAUGAGGCCCCCCUAGGGAUGGUCACACGGCACAAUUUAGCACUGCUGCUGAAGCGCUCACCAAAUGUUGCUGAUAAGACUCUGUAUGUGUCACCAGUCAUCGGCCUGGACAAGAUGCUGCUGGUGCUGCUAUUCCUGCUGCAGCAGGCAGAUCUGCUUGAGGGCAUGAAGAAGUUGCUGCCACGUGAGGCAGUGCCCAUCACACCUGGCCAGGGAGACAACUCAAAGCGUGAGCUAAAGCGGUGCCAGUCGCUAAGGUUGCAGGAGCAGCGGCAGAUGAAGCAGUGGUCUGUCCUACCUGGCCAAGGCAAGGUGCCAGGUGGACUUGAGCAGCUGACCCGCAAGCGCGGCAGCAAGGUGCUGCUGCCCCUAGAACUGUGUGGCUUUGGAGAUGUGGGCCUCACCGGCCGGUGUGCUGGAUAUGGGUGCUAUGGCAGCAUGCUGGAGGGCACCAUAGGUGGUGUGGCGGCAGUGAUCAAGCUGUUUGAGCAGAAGCGACAGGGAGCCAUGGAAGCCUUCACACGUGAGCUCGCUGUGUACUUGCGCCUUGGCAGCAGCAUCAGUAGCAACAGCAGCAGCAACCUGCAGGGUGCCCUGCUGGUGCCACGGCUGCUGCGGUAUGGCAUGUUUGCACACUCAGGCGCCCUGUUCCUGGCACUGACUUAUGAGGGUGACGACCUGGAGGCCGGAGCCGGCCGCAGCACAACCGUUGUUGGUGAUGCAGCUGCCAGCGGCAGCAGAGGCUGCAGUUUGCAGUUUGCGUGA